AGUAACAGAGACGACGACGACGACGGAAGUGACAACGACGACGGAGGGGACGACGACGACGGAGGGGACGACGACAAUGGAAGGGACGACGACGACGGAGGCGGUCGUGAGGACGGAAACAACGACAAAAAAGACGACAACGGAAGGCUUUGUAAAAGACCUACCGGUAACGGAUGCACCAACGGAU